AUGUCCUCCGUCACGCUGGCUACGACGGCCCUGACGGCCGCGGCGACGUUAUGCACGACGACGCUCAUGCCGGCGAGCGGCUACAUCACCAUGGACAAUGGCCCGGCCUCCAUCACCCUAGCCAAGGCCAUCGUCUACCAGGUGCCGUGCCCGACGGCCAAGCCCCUCAACGGCGUUGCCCUCAUUUCGCCUGAGGGCUCCGGCGACUCGAGUCUCAAGUUCCACGACCCUCACCCGGACCCCCGCGUGUCUGACUUUCGGGACCCCUUCUACGCCUCGACGUUUCCCAUAUGCUACGCCCUCGCCGCCACCACCGUCACCGCGUACAUGCUUCUCAUCAUGCUCUUUGUUACGCCUCGUUCUUUCCUGGACGGGGGCGUCGUUUACCUCGGCCGCCGGCGCGGCUUCACGCACACUUCGGCUGGCGCCGAAAACAUUGGCGGCCGUCCGUGGCUGCAAAAGGUCGCGACCUUGACCGUCGCAGUAUCGCUCACGAUAGCCACGCACGACACCUUCAAGAUUGCCCAGCGGCAGUAUCAAUGGGGCGCCCAGAACGCCACGGUGAUGCAGCAGGGCGUCAUGGGCAGCACCGAAAUCAGAGUCAUCCGCCUCAUCUCCAACACAUUCUUGUGGCUCGCCCAGGCGCAGACCUUGAUCCGCCUGUUCCCGCGUCACCGCGAAAAGGUCAUCAUCAAGUGGGCGGCCUUUGCGCUCAUCACCCUGGACCUUAUUUUCAGCGCCCUCACCAGCUUCAAGGACAACGACAACAGCAUCAACCCCAUGGCGGGCAGCUUCGAUCAUCCGAUACCUGCGUUGAGCUACCUCUUCCAGCUGCUUCUCGGCGUGCUGUACGCCGCAUGGGUCAUAUACUACUCACUGAUGAAGAAACGAUAUGCAUUUUACCACCCUCUGAUGAAGAACAUGCCGCUGCUGGCCAUCAUAUCAUUAUCCUCGAUCCUUAUCCCCGUCGUCUUUUUCAUCGUCGACAUCUCGAAACCCGCAUUGGCGUCAUGGGGCGACUACGUCCGCUGGGUUGGCGCCGCCGCAGCUAGUGUCAUUGUGUGGGAAUGGGUGGAACGGAUAGAAGCCCUGGAGCGGGAGGAGAAGAAGGAUGGCAUCCUCGGCAGGGAAGUAUUUGACGGAGAGGAGACGCUCGAGGUGAACGCGUCCGAAUUUCCGUGGCUUCGACACCGAAAGAAUCACAAGGACGACCGGGGCGGCGGCGGCGGCGGCAACGGCGAUGCGAGUCGGAACGGGGGCGCUCAAGGUGGCAACGCCACUUCUCGCGACCACGGCAUCCUGCGUGGCAGUGGCUGGCCUGGAGUGUCGGUCGCGACGUCGAGGCAGCGGAGCCAGGCGCGCGAGCCGCGCAGAUCAGCCGAUCAGCCGACGCAGCAACGGACGUCUGGUGGCAUCCUGCGCCCACCCCUGUGGCCGAGCCGCCCUGCGCCAGCGGUAACGCCCGUGAGCAGGACCGAUACGCCGAGCGCCGCGAGCACCGUGUACGCGGUCCGGUACCAGGGCACGUCGGAGGCCACCAACAGGACACCAGACCUACCGACCAGGACGCCAGAUCCGUUCCCGCCGCACCUGAGCACAGCGGAUCUCUCGCGGCAGAGCAGCAUCCCCCAGAAUCAUGGGGGCGGCGAAGAUGCGAACGUUGCCAUGGCGGGCCACGCCACGGCGACACAGAACGGACACGCCGUGUCGCCGGCUCCGCCACCUCCUCCGCCGCCGCCAGCUCCGGCGAGCAGGUCAGCGGACCUGGAGGCGAACAGCCCAGCGCCGUCACGAUCAGGGCGCCGGCGGGCGCAGACGUUAACAUCGCACGGCGACGACGAGUCGCAACCCGAGACGGUCAGACAGGUGCAGGACUCCUUCAUCCGGGCACGCGACGAGCCCGGGCGAUGGGACUUCAAGUCGAGGCUGGAGAUGUUUGCAGCAAACCAAGCGGACAAGAUGCGCGAAAGACUACGGCCGUCAACGGAGACGGUGGACCUGCCGACGCAGUACAUACCGGCGCCUCCGCGGCGUGGCGCAGCGCUGCAGCAGGUGCUCGAGGAAGGGGAGCUGAGCAGCUCGAGCCUGUCCAACUCGGGAACCGGACAGGGCCACAGCAACGGAAGCUCGGGGAGGCGUGGCGGCGGCUCCGACGAAAUGGCACAACUCGGGCGGCAGGACAGCUCGACCAUGUCCGGGUCGCACGGCCAGACUUCAGGGGCAAAUCCGCCGCUGUGGCCAGGCGUGCGGCGGCGGGUCUUGACGUUUGAGGAGGACGAUGAUUACUACUCGUACGAUGAUGAGGACGAGGACUCGCUUGCCGAGACGGCGUCGAUGGAGUCGGAGCGGCGCGACUCGGACGAUGAGUCGGGCGGGCACGCGCGCGCGGCCGGGGCGGAGCCGGGUACGCGGAGAGGAUGA